AUGGUUGAGUCCGUGGAAUGACGUAAUGCGUAGAGACAGCUGAUCCGUGUUAUGUUGGUGACGCCGACAGCGCGAAUCGCAGGCCUCGGUCAGCUGUUUUGAGAGUUUAAAGAGUUAAAUAAUAAUUCUACAUUUUGUUGUUUGUUGUUGUUGAGUCAGAAUGAAGUGGAUGUUCAAGGAAGACCACUCGCUGGAUCACCGGAGCGUGGAGGCCACCAAGAUCCGUGCCAAAUACCCGGACCGUGUACCGGUGAUCGUUGAGAAGGUCGCUGGCUCGCACAUCGGGGACAUCGACAAGCGGAAGUACUUGGUGCCGGCCGACAUCACCGUCGCACAGUUCAUGUGGAUCGUGCGCAAGAGGAUCCAGCUAGCAGCGGAGAGAGCAAUCUUCCUCUUCAUAGACAAGACGGUGCCGCAGUCGAGUCUGAGCAUGGGCCAGCUGUACGAGGAUCACAAGGACGAGGACGGGUUCCUGUACGUGGCCUACAGCGGCGAGAGCACCUUCGGCUGACUGCGGGGACACGGGGAGAGACACGGGGACACGGGGAGAGACACGGGGAGAGACACGGGGACACGGG